GAAUUCCACUUCGCCAAGUUCGAUUCGACUCAUCACCUGUGCAAUAAGUCUAUCUGUGAAAUUUCCUUGCAACUAAAUAUUCCACGGUCCACUGUUAGUGGUAUUAUAACAAAGUGGAAGCAACUGGGAACAACAGCAACUCAGCAUGCCACUGGACUCUAGAGCAAUAUAGACGUGUUCUCUGGAGCUAAAAAUCAUGCUUCUCUGUCUGGCAAUUCGAUGGACAUGUCUGGGUUUGGCCGUUGCCAGGAGAACGGUACUUGCCUGACUGCAUUGUGCCAAGUGUAA